AGGAAAAGUCCAUGAAAUUAACUCCUACCCAGUAAUCUCACCCCUCUGCUCAUUUGACUAUUUGGUCCCCAUCCCCACUUUACCGAUUUCAACUCAAACCCUUCUUCUCUUCUUCCCCUAUAUAAUUUUCACUUCCACACCAUCAUUCCCAUCUCAAACAAACGCCGACACUUGACCACUCCGAUCCCGGCGCAUUGAGAUGGAUCAAACCCACAAGCCCGCCAUGAAAACCAAAGUCAAGUUUGUGGAAAAUGAGGAACCCAAAGUCGUCAAGGCCUCGGACGCCUUGCCCCUGCCUCUGUACCUCACCAACGUCGUGUUCUUCACCCUCUUCUUCUCCGUCGCCUACUUCCUCCUCACCAGCUGGCGCGAGAAGAUCCGUUCGCACAGGCCGUUGCAUAUCCUCAGCCUCUCUGAGCUCGUCUCCAUUCUGGUUUUGGUUGCUUCGUUCGUAUACCUUCUCGGCUUCUUCGGCAUCGAUUUCGUGCAGACUCCGAUUCUCAAGGACGAGGAAGAAGAAGAAGACAAUAUCGUCCAGGAGGAUGGUCGUGUAGUCCCUUGCGGCCAAGCCCUCGAGUGCCCACUUCCCCAGACUGCCCCUAUAGUUGCCCGGAAGAGUAUUCUUAAAAAGCCAGUGAUGGAUGCGCCACCGCCGACUGCUGAGGAUGAGGAGAUCAUCAAGGCUGUUGUUGCCGGAGCCAUUCCUUCGUACUCAUUGGAGUCAAAGCUGGGAGAUUGCACGAGGGCUGCUUCGAUUAGGCGUGAGGCUUUGCAGAGAGUUACAGGCAAGUCUCUUGAAGGUUUACCCUUGGAGGGAUUCGAUUACGAGUCGAUCUUGGGGCAAUGCUGUGAGAUGCCAGUUGGGUAUAUUACAAUUCCUGUUGGGAUCGCUGGGCCUAUUAUGCUUGAUGGGAGAGAGUUCUCUGUUCCCAUGGCUACAACUGAAGGUUGCUUGGUGGCGAGUACCAACCGCGGGUGCAAAGCUAUCAACCUGUCUGGUGGAGCUACCAGUGUGCUUUUGAAAGAUGGAAUGACCAGGGCACCUGUUGUGAGGUUCAACUCGGCUAAGAGAGCUGCUGAGUUGAAGUUCUUCAUGGAAGACCCUGAGAAUGCCGACACCAUAGCCACUGUUUUCAACAAAUCGAGCAGAUUUGGUAGACUUCAGACAGUCAAGUGUGCUGUUGCGGGGAAGAACCUGUACAUGCGGUUCUGCUGCAGCACCGGUGAUGCUAUGGGGAUGAACAUGGUGUCCAAAGGUGUUCAAAACGUUCUCGAUUUCCUCCAGGAGGACUUCCCUGACAUGGAUGUCAUUGGCAUUUCUGGUAACUACUGCUCCGACAAGAAGCCUGCUGCUGUCAACUGGAUCGAAGGCCGUGGCAAAUCUGUGGUGUGUGAGGCUGUGAUCAAGGGAGACAUAGUGACAAAGGUGUUGAAAACCAAUGUCGCGGCCUUGGUAGAGCUUAACAUGCUCAAGAACCUUACCGGAUCCGCCAUCGCUGGUGCUCUUGGUGGUUUCAAUGCACAUGCCAGCAACAUUGUUUCAGCUGUCUACCUUGCCACGGGUCAAGACCCUGCUCAGAACAUUGAGAGUUCUCACUGCAUCACCAUGAUGGAAGCCAUCAAUGACGGCAAGGAUCUUCACGUCUCAGUGACCAUGCCUUCUAUUGAAGUUGGUACAGUAGGAGGAGGUACCCAACUUGCAUCUCAGUCAGCAUGUUUGAACUUGCUUGGAGUGAAGGGUGCUAACAGAGAUGCACCGGGAGCAAAUGCAAGGCAAUUGGCCAGUAUUAUUGCUGGUUCUGUUCUUGCUGGAGAGCUUUCUCUCAUGUCUGCUAUAGCUGCUGGACAACUUGUUAAGAGCCACAUGAAGUACAAUAGAUCUAGCAAAGAUGUCUCAACAAUGGUUUCUGCUUAGGAGCUUGUAGACUACAAGGUUUAGACGCCUCGAGAGUAGAUGGUUCUGAAGGCAAACCUUCCUGCAGAAGUUUGAUGCCACCUCAGUUAGCUCUGUUUAGAUCCCCUGGAUUCUUUGAUGUCUUUGUCUGUCUGUAAAUUUUCUGGAAGUCUUUUGUAUCGGAAAUCUGUUUGCACUAU